AUGUCUAGAGUUGUGGUGUUCAAGGAUAAUGGCGUGAUUCAAUUCAUUGAAAAUCCUCAAGCAGAGCAAGGGGAUGGGCGUGGUGGAGCCAUCCAGAGAAAGGUUUUGGUGCACUUGCCUACAGGCCAGGUGGUAUCAUCUUACCACACUCUUGAGGAUAUCUUGAAAGGUUUGGGAUGGGAGAGGUAUUAUGGUGGCAAUCCCGACCUCUACCAAUUCCACAAGCAAUCUUCUAUUGACUUAAUCUCUCUUCCUAAGGACUUUUCCAAGUUCAAUUCCGUUUACAUGUAUGAUAUUGUCAUUAAAAAUCCUAAUGUUUUCCACGUUAGAGACAUAAAAAGUGUGAAUGGUUGGGAGUAUCCAAUCUUAAGAAGCGGUUUGGUUGUUGAGGAUGAUUCUGUGAGGUCCCCUGGGGAGAGAGGAAACAAGAGGAUGAGACUUCACGUGAAGCGGGUGAUGAAGCUUUAUUCAAGGGCCAGUAGUACAUGUCCAUGUGUUGCCGGGGGCUGUUUUGCUUUCCUUAGUUGA